GGACGAUGAUUAUUGAUAAUUUUAUUAUUAUUAUAUUAUCCAUUAUCAUAGAUAUAUUAAAUAAUUAUUUUACCAACUAUUUACAUUUUACUUUUGAUUUUCAAUUUUUUAAAGUUUAAAAAAAUUUACAUACAAAAUAUUAUAACUCAUUAAUAAACUAUAAAGUGUAAAUUAACAAAGUAAUAACUAAUAUCAUAUUAUUUCGUUUCAUGUUCUAUCAUAGAAAUAGUGAAGAAGAAAUACUUAAUACCAUUAGUAAUCAUAACAACAGCCAACUGAGUAGUAUAAAUUAUCGAAGUCACAAGUCAAAGAUUUUAUUUCUUUCAUUAUAUGAAAACUAGAAAAAAUGAAUAAGCAAUGUGCUCUAUCCCAAUACAGUUCUGAAAAUGAACUUGUCAAUACUAAAAAAAGACCUCUACCAGUACAACCCGAUGAAUGUUACAAACCUAAAAAAUUUAAAUCAAAAGAAAUUAAUUAUAAGCCAGAUGAUGAUAUUGUUACAUUAUUCAAAUUUGAGUUACAAAAAAUUUUAAUUAAUUCUAAUGACUUAAAUACAACUAUAACAGAUAUCCUACCUUAUGGAUCAAGAAUUUCAGGUCUUAACAUUUCUAAUAGUGAUGUUGACUUUAAUAUAAACUAUGUUUCAAAAAUACCAGUCAAAAAAGUGAUAAAGUCAUUUGCUAAUAAACUUCGUCAAAGUCAAGUAUUUAUUAAGGUAUUUGCUUUAAUCCAUGCUAAAAUACCUAUCAUAAAAUCCACUCAUAAAAAUACUGGUAUUGAUUGUGAUAUAUCAUUUAAUAAUGUCAGUUCAGUUCACAACUCUCAUCUUCUCAAUCACAUUUUAAGUAUGGACUACCGUAUUAAACCAGUUUUAAUGAAGUUAAAGAUAUGGGCUAAAAAUAUGGGGCUUAUUAAUACUAACGGAUUUUCUAGUUACUCGUUCUAUUGGCUAGGAUUAUUUAUUAUGCAAGUUAUGGGAAUAUUGCCAGCCAUUCGUGAUUUACAAAAAUCUGUUCCCGAAGUUCUAGUUGGUCAUUGGAAUUGUGCAUUUUCCAAAAAUCCACAAGAAUAUAUUAUUAACAAACAAGAAACUCUAAGUGAGAGUGACAUAUUAAAUUUUUUCUAUAAAUAUUAUUCAAAUUUUGAUUUCGAUAAAUUUGUGAUAAGUCCAUAUACUGGUUGUCCAUUACUCAAAAAGGAUUUUGAAAAUGUAGAACAGCUUCCAGGUGAACUAUGGAGGUAUAAACAAUUUUAUCAAGAAAAUAAGGAAUGCCAGAAGUUAUUAUUUUUGGGUACUUGUCAAUUUAAAAUGUACACUCAAGAUCCAUUUCAACAUAAUGUAAAUAUUACAGCAAGAGUGACUCCAAAAAUAUUUGAGAAAUUUAUUAAUGUUUGUAUAGAAUUGAAACCUUAACAAAAAAAUAAAAAAUAAUCUAAGCUUACAUUUUAACUUAACAAUGAUAAAAUAACCAUACUACUUUUAUAUUGUUUUAUUACAAGCAUUUGAUAUUACUUAAAAUAAUUUAUCCUAUGUUUAACAAAUAUUUUUUAAUACAUUAAUAUAUUUUAUAAUAUAAUUUUUUGAUGUAUAAAGUAUAACCUAUAAGGCCAUAAUUGUAAUAAAUAAAUUAUAUUAGUAUAUCACAUAUUAUAAUUUUUCUAACACAUGUAGAUAUUUUUGUAUUAUAAAUACUAAAAACAUUAAAAUCUGAGCCCUAAUAAUCACUAUUACUGUAUUAAAUUAUUACUUUAAUUUACCUAACAUAAAUUACAACCUUAGAUCAUAUACUUGUACUGAUUUUCUUUAAAAUUCUAUUUUGACGACCUGAAACUUGAACUUUUUAAUAAUUUAAUUGUUUUAAUUGAUAAAAACAACUUAAAUUAUUUGUAGUCAGUACAAUUAACAUUAAUUUCAAAGUACUUAAUGUUGUAUUCUGUGAUGAAAACAAUGUACAACCGUUGUAAAUGUAAUACAAAUGUGUGUGUGCAUUUAAUGGAUAACUGCAAUGUUAAGUUUGGUAUGUAUAACUUAAGGUUCUGAGCAAAAGAAUUUGUUAUUUAUUAAGAAUUUGGUGUGUUGGGUUGCACCUUUGCCAUUGUUUAUUUAUUUAUACAUUUAUUCUACUACUUAUUUUAAUUAUCAUCAUGUAAUAAUCUACCAAUUAGGUAUUGUGUGGUUCACCUGUAUAACAUAAAGGUGAAUAACUAACAAUUCAUUAUUAAGUAAAUAUGAAUCGAUUGUAAAACAAUUGGAAUAAGAGGUUAGCUUAAAUAAAGAAUAAAAAUAAAAAUGUAUGAAUUAAGUUAUUUUUCUUACAUAAUUUUAAGAGCCAGUAUUAUAGGCAUUAGUGGUAGAAUCAUUAAAUAUUAUUUGAAAAUAUAAUUUAUAACUGUACCAUUAGAUUUUAAAUUCAUUUUUGAUAAAUUAGCUCAGAAUCUCACAAAUAAUUGAAAUAAUAAAAAUAUAAAUUUACUAGUACAUAACCUACAGAAUGUCAUCGAUAUUAUAUAUGCCUGGACUCACAAUCAAUUUGAAUUAAGGAACGCUUAUGCUAAAUUGUUAAUCAAUAUAAUAUAAAAAGUGCAU